AUGGCUACAAUUUGGUUACUCUCUCUUCUCUUUCUCUCUUGUAUUCUUCUUCUCGCCGCUUCUAAACUCAAGAAGCGGCGGCAACAUCAACGGAAACCACCGUCUCCUCCUGGCUUUCCGAUCAUCGGAAACUUGCAUCAGCUCGGAGAGUUACCACAUCAAUCUCUAUGGAGACUCUCUAAAGAGUAUGGUCCUGUGAUGCUUUUGAAGUUUGGAAGUAUCCCAACGGUCGUAGUUUCUUCCUCUGAAACAGCAAAGCAAGCUUUGAAAAUACAUGACCUCCAUUGUUGUAGCCGUCCUAGCUUAGCAGGAUCAAGAGCGCUCUCAUACAACUACCUGGACAUAGUUUUCUCUCCUUUUAAUGAUUAUUGGAAAGAGUUAAGGAGGAUUUGUGUUCAAGAACUCUUCAGUGUUAACAGAGUUCACUUGAUUCAACCCAUCAAAGACGAGGAAGUCAAGAAACUGAUGGAUUCGUUCUCGGAAUCAGCUGCUCAGAAAACUCCGAUUAACUUGAGCGAGAAGCUAGCUUCUUUAACUGUAGGCGUGAUAUGCAAGGCAGCUUUUGGUGUGAGCUUCCAAGGAACUGUGCUUAACAGUGACAAUUUCGACAAGUUAAUCCAUGAUGCGUUUCUGUUUUUGGGGAGCUUCUCUGCCUCCGAUUAUUUUCCAAGUGGCGGCUGGAUCGUGGACUGGCUCACGGGUUUACAAAGGCAGAGAGAGAGAAGCGUGAGAGGUCUUGACGCAUUCUAUGAACAAAUGUUUGAUCUACAUAAACAGGGGAACAAAGAAGGAGUUGAAGACUUUGUGGAUUUACUCUUGAAGUUGGAAAAAGAAGAGACAGUUCUUGGAUGUGGCAAGCUCACAAGAAACCAUAUCAAAGCAGUCUUAAUGAAUGUUCUUCUUGGAGGCAUCGGCACUUCUGCAAUAACAAUGACAUGGGCAAUGACAGAACUGAUGAGAAACCCGCGAGUAAUGAAGAAAGUGCAAUCCGAAAUCAGAAAUCAAAUUGGGAACAAGUCAAUGAUCAGCUUGGAAGACAUAGAUCAGCUCCAUUACAUGAAAAUGGUGAUCAAUGAAACAUGGAGGCUACAUCCUCCAGCACCUCUUCUGGUUCCAAGAGAAGUAAUGUCUGACUUUGAGAUCAACGGUUACACGAUUCCAGCCAAGACACGACUUUAUGUGAAUGUUUGGGCUAUCGGGCGUGAUCCAGAUACUUGGAAAGAUCCAGAGGAGUUUCUUCCAGAGAGGUUUAUUAAUAGUAACAUUGAUGCAAAGGGACAGAACUUUGAGCUGUUACCAUUUGGAAGUGGUAGGAGAAUGUGUCCUGCCAUGUACAUGGGGACAACAAUGGUGGAGUUUGGUCUUGCAAAUAUGUUGUAUCAGUUUGACUGGCAACUACCAGAAGGCAUGGUGGUCGAAGAUAUCGACAUGGACGAAUCCCCUGGACUCAAUGCGAGCAAGAAAAACGAGCUUUCACUUCAACCUGUAAAGUUUUUAAAUCACUGAUCAAGUAAAAUAAGCUUUUCUUGGUUGUAGUUAAUAAAACUAAAUUGUGUGUUUCUGGUUCAGUCUCGCUUGUUAUUUCAA